UGAAGACACUGCCUCAAACAUCGCAUUUGUGUAAAUCCCGCGAUACUCUAUAAAGCACACCAUUUUCCAAUAUGAUAUUUAUUCAUUUUGGUUUUACCAAUCAAACAACACUUUUAUCAACAAAAUGCUGCACUUAUUUUUGACGUCUUUAUCCCGUCCCACACUUGGACCCUUCUAAAUAAAGCGACAGCAUGAAAUCAAAGCUGACCAAACCAAUAGGACCAAACAGUGUUUUAGAGACGUUAAAACGUUGUUUUGUUUUUUUAAUACAUAGAAUAAAAAAUAAUGCCAUUACAAUUUAAAAGGCGGUCUAUAUUUGCAAUAGAGUAACAGCUACACUUUCAUGCAGAAGAUUAACCUAGGUGAACCCAGAAAUGUAGCAUGGACGCAUGCGCGGUCGAUGUCCAGACUUGGCAAAAUAAUAACCCCAAACUACAACUACCACUGUCAUUGCGGAGCUCUUCCUUCAUAUGUUCAGUAGUUGUUAGUGUUACGCACAGAGAGAACCCAAAGAGAAUAUGGCAUUCCAAAAAAUCAGGAAAGAAGAAACUCUCUCAAUGAGGAAGAGAUUAAUCGGGCAGUCAUGCAGACUAUUUUAUUCAGAUGACCCUGUGAAAAUAGUGAGAGCGAGAGGCCAAUAUCUAUUCGAUGAAAAUGGGCAGCGCUAUCUGGAUUGCAUCAGUAACGUUCAUCAUGUGGGCCACUGUCACCCCAGCAUUACACAGGCUGCAGUGGCACAGAUGGACCUCCUGAACACAAAUACAAGAUUCCUGCACGACAACAUUAUAAUGUAUGCAGACCGCCUGGCUGCCACCCUGCCUGAGAAACUGUGUGUCUUCUACUUUGUCAACUCUGGUUCAGAGGCCAAUGAUCUUGCCCUACGCUUGGCACAUCAGUACACUCAACAUGAGGAUGUCAUUGUGCUUGACCAUGCAUACCAUGGGCAUCUAAUGUCCCUCAUCGACAUUAGUCCUUACAAGUUCCGGAAACUGGCAGGACAGAAAGAAUGGGUUCAUGUGGCACCCUUACCAGACACCUACAGAGGCAUGUACAGAGAGGAUCACCCCAACCCUGGCCAAGCAUAUGCUGAUACUGUAAAAGAUCUAAUAGAGGAGGUGCACGGGAAAGGUCGCAAGAUUUCUGCCUUCUUUGCUGAAUCAUUGCCAAGUGUUGGAGGACAAAUCAUUUUGCCCCAAGGAUACUCAGCUAAAGUUGCAGAACACAUUCGCGCAGCUGGUGGAGUGUUUGUGGCGGACGAGGUGCAGACAGGCUUUGGACGUGUGGGGAGUCACUUCUGGGCUUUCCAGCUGCAGGGGGACGGAUUCUGUCCUGACAUAGUGACAAUGGGGAAACCAAUGGGCAAUGGGCAUCCCUUGGCAUGUGUGGCAACCACUGCAGAGAUAGCUGGAGCUUUCACAGCUAAUGGAGUGGAAUACUUCAAUACGUUUGGGGGGAAUCCAGUGUCCUGUACUAUUGGUCUGGCCGUACUUGAUGUGAUAGAAAAAGAGGACCUAAGAGGAAACGCCACAAGGGUGGGAGAGCAUCUCAAAGAUUUGCUCAAAAAACUACAAACAAGACAUCAAGUAAUUGGCGAUGUCAGAGGUGUUGGACUGUUUGUAGGUCUUGAGUUGGUUAAAGACAGGAAGCAGAAGACUCCUGCCACAGAAACAGCAGCACUGGUGGUGAAAAGAUUAAAAGAAGAGGAUAAAAUCUGCGCCAGUACAGACGGCCCCUGGGAAAGCGUUGUGAAGUUCAAACCUCCCAUGUGUUUCAGUAUGGAGGAUGCAGAGCUGGUGGUACAAUGUAUCGACCGCAUCCUCACAGACAUGGAAGCCAGUGACAUUUAAACUGGAAAAGGAAGACAUCUAAGGUGUUCAGAGCCAUUUUAAAAGGCAUCACUUCAAUGAAUUCAUCCAAUUGCAGGUUAUUAUAUUUUUCAUUAUGCCAGCUACAG